AUGUAUUCGCAUUCUGUGCCCUUGAGUCUACCACGAACUAUCCUUCGCUUCUCUCCGUCGACGAGGUCCAGCCAAGCCUGGCGCAUCCCCCAUUCGCUGUCUCUUGAUCGAACCGAGCUCAACUCAGCCGGCAACACUGGACGAUCAGUCGCCACCUUUCCCAGUGGUCUGCAGACGCCCCCAGGCGACUGUGACAACGGUGCUAUGGGUACUACCUACCAACCCCCAUUGGCAGGCUACGAUGACCGACACGGCCCGGCAUAUCCUGCCUCUUACUCCUCCAAGCUGCUCUCCGACGCCGACCGGAAACGCACGAUCCUGAGCGACCUCACAAACUCCGCAGCAAUCGGCAAUGGUCGGAGCAACAGCAGCAACAGCUUCAGAACCGACAGCACCUAUACCAUAGAUCACGAGCAGUACGCUGGCGCCGUAUCGACAAUGCCCCAACCGCUACAGCCUCAGGGCUACGGUCAGCCCCAGACCCUCUUUACCCAGCAACGGCUGCUGCAGAAACAGGCAGACAGUGCCGUUCUCCCUGGACCCAGCCUAGCUCUGCCGCCCGUGACUUCGGCAUCGGCUCGAGAUAGCUCUCAGACAGCACUGGCAGCCCAUGCCUUCUCCGGCUAUCCGGCUCGUCCAUUAACACCAACCAGCUCGAAGUCUGCUAUUCCGUCACACCCGGCGGGCCGUUCGCCCAUCACCAUCUCAGAUCAAGAUUCUGCUUGCAUGGUGAUGCACAGUUUAGAGGUUCCCAAGUGCAUCAGCCCCGCUGGAGGGAACUUGGCAGCUUUCACCGCAGAGUUGACGUGUCUGUUUUGGUUCGAAUCCCCGGUUGUAUACCAACUAGCCGACAAUAUGGAAAUGAUUCCUCAGGAAGUGUGGAUCCCGCGGAUCUGCGCAAACGCCAUUCCGAACCCGAGCUUCAAGGCGUGGGUCAGCCGGAUUCUCACGACGACACAGGUGACGCAAAAUGUGGUCUUCCUGGCCCUGCUCUUCAUCUACCGGCUGAAGUCGUUGAACCCGAUGGUGCGAGGCAAACCAGGCAGCGAGUUCCGCCUUCUGACGGUGGCUCUGAUGCUGGGCAACAAAUUUUUGGACGACAAUACCUAUACCAACAAGACAUGGUCAGAUGUGUCUACCCUGAACGUCAAGGACAUCCAUGUUAUGGAGGUGGAGUUUCUGAGCAACAUGCGCUACAGUCUACUGGUGUCUGCAACCGAAUGGAAGGAAUGGUUGGUCAAGCUAGCCAAGUUCCGCAUAUACUACGAACGCGCAUCUACAACGUCAGCAGUAUCGCCCCACUCUGCCGCCUCACCCCAGCGGCCAAUUGCGUCUCCUGCCGCGUCUCCGACUGGGGCCCAGCAGAGCGUGCACAGCUUCGGCACCGGAUCGGGCGUGCCUCCGAUGUAUGACUCCUCGAGCUGUUCUCCGACUGCCCGGCCGUUCUACGCGAGCAGCAACACGGAGAUGGCACCGCAGCAGUCGUGGCCGGUGCCAUAUGCAAGCACGCAGGCUGUCUCUCCGCUGGCAAUGAAGUCGGACAUGAACGCAUUCGGCAAGAGGUCGCAUGCCCAUGAUGACCCCACGGAGCCACCGCCAAAGCGGCUUGUCCGGCCCGGUCUACCGCCAACGGUCACGUCUCUCGGGUCCGUUAUGCCAAUGUCGAGCCAGGCGACCGAUCCAUUCAGCACCAUGGCGUCGACUGGAUCAAGCGGGCCUGUGGCCGAGACCAUGCGGCUGCCGGUGCCUCACCUGACGCUCAACACAAACACAGCACAGACGCAGAUACCUGGCCCGGGAUCGGCUAUCGGGUCAUACCAGCCGGCACAGAGCAACCUGUCACUGCCACCGCUCGCGCAUGGCAUGCGUGCUAUGGCGACGGUGUAUCCUUCGAACAGCGGAGCGAUCUCGACAUCUGUCGGAGCGGGAGUCGGUGCAUUGCCUGCUCCGUCGACAGUGAACGGCGUGGCGGGCGGGGCGUCCUUCCCGGCCAAGCUUUCCAUGAUGACGACGGCAGGCUCAAGCGUAGCUGUGCCGCCGGCGACGACACUCGGCGUUACGGGCGGGUCGACACCUACGGCGUAUGCGGCGCCUUCGUUUGGGACGCCGACCAAGCGGAUGAGCCCGCUGAAUGCUCUGACGCCGAGCGUGGCCUCUGUGUAUGCUGCGGCACCGACGUCGUCGCCGCUCACGGACAGCUUUCCGCACAUGGCGUCGGCACACACGCCGAUCUCGCACUCACCGUCAAUCUACCUGCAGCAGCGGGCGAGUCCGUACCGUCCGAUCCGCAAUGUGCAUAUGCUGCUAAAUCCUCCGCCAUCGUCGAGUCUGCAGGAAUACCAGGCCAACGGUGCGCUGCUGAUUCCGCCGACGCAGAUGUACUACCAGCCACUGGGACGGCGAAACGAUCUGCGGUCGGGGAUUGUGCCGGAGUUCCAGGGGCUAUCAUAUGGGGGAUCGGCGAUGCGGCAGGGACUGGCUCUGACUCCAGCCCAGGCGCUGCAACAGCAAGCAAUGCAGCACUUGCAGCCGAUGCAUUCGAUGCACUCGAUGCAACCGAUGCAGUCUAUGCAACCGAUACAGCCAAUGCAGUCGAUGUCGAUGCAACCAAUGCAGUCGAUGCAGCCGUUGCAGAUGCACUUCCGAGAGGUGCGAGGCCAGCCUGUUCAGCAUCUCCAGGCACAAGCACAAGGCUACGCACCUCAGCAGCCGCACCCGACGCAAUACGGGCAUAAUUCCUAUUCGAACUAG